CUGAAAACAUUUAUUAAAAACGUUGGUGUUGCCAAUUGUUAUCACAGUUUGUUGAAGUGUGUUCGUCCGUGAAGUCGGUACAAUGGCGCCGUGGCUUGAGUUCCCCUAUGAAAUGAAAAAUAUAACCGGCGAAGAUGAUAAAAUACUGAGAAAAUGUUUACUAGGCUAUAAAAAGCCGUUUGUGCGAUGUGGCGAGAAAGGGUUUGUGAUGGCCGGCACGUACAGAAAGCAUGCUGAGUUCAUCUACAACUUCCAAGUGCGACCUGAUGAUGUGUGGGUCGUCACCGUUCCCAGAUCCGGUACAACAUGGGUACAAGAAUUAGUAUGGUUAGUGGCUAACGACAUGGAUUUCAAAACAGCAAAAGAUAAGCCUUUAUACAAGAGAUUUCCUAUGUUAGAAAUAUCAACACACAUCCCAGAAAUCGCAGUAGAGCUAAUAAAAAUAAACUUCUUCAAUUUGGGCAACUUCCAAGGCCUAAACGAAGCAGUCAAGGAAAAGAGUUGGAAGACAUUAGAAAAGGCACCUUCUCCAAGAUUCAUUAAGACUCAUCUUCCAUUGUCGUUGUUGCCACCAAACCUGCUUUCGACCGCAAAGGUGGUUUACGUGGCCAGGGACCCUAGAGAUGUGGCAGUGUCAUAUUAUUAUCUUUAUAAAAUGACGAACAAAAGCCUAUUAAGAGCAAAUGUCACUCACUUCUGGGAAGCUUUCAGAAGAGAUUUGUUACCCUGGACACCAAUAGUGGAGCACGCUAACGAGGCCUAUGAAAAGAGACAUCAUCCGAAUCUACAUUUUGUUUUCUACGAGAAUAUGAAAAAGGAUCUACACACAGAAAUAGGAAAAGUCUGCAAGUUCUUGAACAAAGACUACACAGAUGCACAGAUCGACCGGCUGGCUGAACAUCUUAGCUUCGAUAGUUUGAGGAAGAACAAAAAUGUCAAUAAUACCACAACUAAAGAUUCCGAAAUACAAUUUAUCAGAAAAGGUGAAGCAGGAGGUUGGCGGUCACAUUUCGACGAGAAAAUGCAGUUACAAGCUGAGGAAUUCCUCCUGACGAGGCUAGCAGGCCUCGAGUUAUCGUAUCCUUCCUUCCCUACCCAUGAAAUCACUAAAUUAUAAGUCAUAGGAACAUUAUACUACUAAUAUGUAUAUAGAUAAUAUUUCAGCUUUUCUGUGAUCGUUAGUUGAGGAGUGUGAAUGAGAACACGUCAGUAUCAUUGUCAUUGUGAUUUAUUUUUUUAAGCUUUUUUUAAAUAUCGAAGACCGUUGCAGUCGUGUAAGAAGCUGCGUUCUUUUAAAUUUGAAUUCAACUGUUAGAAUGGUUCGGAAGAGGUAAUAUCUUUAUAUUUAUAUUUAUAUCUUUUUUUUGGGUAGGCAUUUUCGUAAAACCAAAAUGAGGUUUUUUAAUAGAUCAAUUGUUUAUGACUAAUACCCAUUAAUACUAAUUUUUAUUUUAGUCAGCUAAUGAUUUAUUGCAAUCAUUGAUCAUAAUGAUUAACAAUGAUUGCCGGACUUGCCACUUAAUAUUGAAUGAUGAUGAUAAAAAACAGCUUUCUCAUUAUUUAAAGAUAAUUAUUUCGAACCAGAUUCGAAUAAGACGCAGUGUCUAGUCACCCUUACAAUAUAAAACGGGUUGAUUUGUAAAUAGUACAAUUAUACGUUAGUUAAUUUUAGUUUUUUUUGCAUUUAGUAUCAAAAUUAAGAAUGUCACAACGAUUCUUGAUUCUGUCUAGAACACAAAUUACGUUAUACUCAUAUUUUAAAGUAAUGUUUUAUAGCAAAAAAUGCAUUAAGUUAUUAAAAAAAUAUGUGUCAUAAAAAAUAUAUUCAUAUUAUAUGCACAAAACGUACAGCAUUCUUACUAAGUUGUAAAAACAAUUUUCACGAAUCACGAUUUCUUGUCAAUGAUCUUUCUUAAAUUUCUAUAUAAUUCAUAUUUCAAUUAAUAGUAAAUUUGAAAGUGUUUUUUAAUAAUACAAGUAUAGAAAAAGAAGUCGACUAUUAUGUGAUUCUUCUGAAGUUAUCUACAUACAUAAGUGCGUAAUUUACUACAAAGUGAGGCUUGAAUAAAGAAUGUUUAUAAAUAAAUAUAGCUAUUCAUAUUUUUAGGUAAAUGACUCAAAAACGUUUCGACAAAUUCGGCCAUGAAUUAAAAUCUAUUCUUUUUUCAAAUAUGUGUCAGAAAGUUCUGACAAAAAAACUAAUAGAUGAACGCUGGAAAUAAAAACCUAAACCUCUUUUGAGUCAUCGUCUAAAAAUAACUUUCGCAUGUGAUAAUUGCUAUGUAAACUAUAUUUAUUCUAUUGUCAAUUUGUUAUGGUGUGAUAUGUAGGAUUAAACUUAAAAUAAGGGCCUUGGUUCUUAAUGUCUGAAUACAUUUCCAUUGAUUUAAUAGUAUUUUGGAUACAUCUUUCUUUGGAAAAUGUGUCAAGUUAUACAUGUGUGAGUAGUAGACCAAUGGAGACUUAUCAG